GAGCAACAACCUGUAGUUCAUUUCGCUCUUCUUUGUCUCGCAGGCAUCAACUAUAAAUGGAUUUUACAGGGACUCUUAUAUUUUUGCUAGGCAUGUUCUGCAUCGCCGAUUCGCAAAAACCCAUGGCAGAAGGUUCGGAGGAAUUAAUCUACAUGACUUUGACCAAAAACACGCAACUCAGCGGGCUGCUCCUGAACGUCACUAUCAAAAACUUCACACCCAAAACGGUCUUCAGCGAGAGUUCCUUGGUCUGCAGCCAAAUCACGUCCCUCCGCAACAACAAGACCAAACGCGUUCCGGCAAACAGAUUAAACCGAACGUCAUCCGGAGUCAGUCCGGCCACUUUUCUCUACCACCUUUUUGUUGAGACGGAAGGUUACGUCCACUGCGAAUAUGUGCCCUGGGGGGUGUUGCUCAUCCAAAGCAACACCCUCUUUGUCCGCUUCAGCAAAGUCCACGUCUCAGCUGUCAGACUGGACACCCAGAUGUCUAUCAAGAGUCUGCAGAUGGCCGUGAUGGAUAGCUCUUUCAAAAUCCGAGAGAUUUCGCCGGAUAGCAAAAUUUUUCACUUCGACUCGGAAUUUUACUCCAUCGACCCCAGCUCUGACCGAAAAAUAGUUCAGAAAUUAGAGAGAGUGCUGAGGCAAAAGUUGAAGCCACCAGAUCGAGUUGAGUAUGUCCGAAGUACCAAGUACUGUCCGGGUAUUGAAGAAUUUGGAAUUCCGCCGGCUGACGCCAAAAAAGAGGUGAAGGUUGAUGGAAAAGUGAUCAGGUGCGAGGGAGAUUUUUACUACGGGGUUCACUGGCGCCAAAAUGAUCUUUCGGCCCUGGGAUACGUCAACGGCACGCUGACCACCGUCGACGCCCUGCGAAUUUUCUCCAACUCGCUGCAAAAUGCCAAAUCGCUAAACCUCCCAGUCAUCGCAAAACAAUAUGACGAUUUCGUGUCGGACGAAAAUGGACUUUUGAAAGAAGCGAAGUCGCUCAACGUCAGCAACGAACUCCUCGUCAAUCUGGAUUCCGCCCUCGUCAGAACACCGAUUAGUGGAAAUUUCACCGAAGCGUCGCGGCCAAAUUUUGCAGCCAGGGUGGAGGACAUUAAAAAGACAGGUGGAGUUGGUGUGAUGGUCAGAGAAAAUGGAGCUGUGGGGCGAAGCGGCAGUCAAAAAUUUUUAAUGCUGACGAGCGAGAUGAGCAAUCAAGUGGUGAUGGAGGAAGAUCUAAGUGUUGCGGUGCGACUUCCACAGAGCUUACUUGAGCGGAAAAACAUUUCUACAAGGCUGGUGGUUGCCGUAUUCCGAGAUGCGAGGUCUCUUUUCAGCGAUAAAUUUACCACAACGAGCGUCGUCAAUGCUAAUCUUGGCGGGGAUCAUUACAAGAAUCUAGACGAGCCGGUCAUCAUUUGGUUCAAGAGGAAUGCAAUCCACGCACCAAAUCCUGGCACCUGUGUAUUCUGGGACUUCGCCUUGAACGACGGCAAAGGGAAUUGGUCCACCGAAGGAUGUUUCAUGAACGCAACGCACCACCUGGACGACUUGACGGAGAUAGACGAGUGCCACUGCUCGCACAUGACGCAUUUCGGUGAAAUCUUGUGGAACUCCGACCAUGACUUUGCCUCGCCCGAACUUGACCUCAUCAGCACCAUCGGCUGCUUUGUUUCACUAGCAGGACUGGUCGCCGUUUUCUUGACGGCGGCCAUUUCGCCGAAACUGCUGCGAGGCAUCGGCCAGAAGAUCCUUUUCCAAAUGGCCAUCAGUGCCACCCUGCUGACCACCCUGUUUCUGGUGAUCAGCAACCUGGACGUGGACAGACUGGACAGGUUCGUCUGUUUCUUCCUCGGCUUUUUCCUGCACUACGCAAUUCUGACCAACUUCUUUUGGAUGCUGGUCGCCGCCUACCUGCAGUACAACCGCCUGGUCAAGGUCAUCUACAGCCGGACACCCAAACUUCUGCUCAAGGCGACCAUCGUCGGCUGGGGCCUCCCUGUCAUCCCCGGCGCUCUGGUGCUCGUCACCUUGCAACACGACGUCUACAAACAACCUCCUCUGUGUCUGCCAAACGGCCUGGCCUUCUACCUGACCAUCGUGUCUCCCCUGGCGGUCAUCCUGACCCUCAACUUCAUCGUCUUUGCCCUGAUCAUCAAGAAUGUGUACAUCAUGUCAGAAAACGAGCCGAGGAAACACGCAAACCAGUGUCUGUCCAUCCACCGAUUUAAGCAGAUUGCGUUUCUCUUUGCCCUGCUCGGACUCAGCUGGACCUUCGGCCUCUGUCAGGUCGCAUUUCCCGAGUGGAGAUUCUUCUUCGCCUGUCUCUUCUGCUUCACCGUCGCCUUCCAAGGCCUCACCUACUUUUUCCUAUUUGUCGUGAUGCAUGAAAAGGCGCGAGGAACUUGGAGGACCGUGUUCUGCGGCGGCCGCAUGCUCUUCCGAAUGGAAUGGGGCAGCAUGGUUGAGAACAACAGCGUUGCCUCCACGGCCACCAAAAUGACAGACAUGAGACGCAGGAGUCACAAUCGUCACUCAAUUUUGCCGCAAAUGAAAAUUUAAUACGUAUUCUUAUUACUCAUUGUAAGAAAAGAAAAAUGAAAGAUAUAAAUUAUUUCAUAAGUAAAAAUAGAUGUGAUUUUUUGUUUUAAUUUACAGAAGAAAUGCUUUGUAAAUAAACACAUAUUUUUCUAGGAAUAAAUUAUUAUGUAGUAAAUAUUAUAUUAUUAUUAAUUUUGUGAAUAAAAUGACA